AUCCGGAUUUCAUCCCGAUCUGUUCGUUUAAUUGCGCAGCCGGUUUCGGUGUGAGUGCGUCGGUCUGAGCCGUGACACUGUCAGGUGAAGGCAGCCAGCGCAGACCGGGAAUCCACUCUCACAGGACACUUUCAACAGGCGAAUCCCCCUUAGAAGUCUGUUGGACGAAACUAAUUGCAAUCUUUACAUGUCAAACGCAAGAGCCCCUGCUGCCUCUCCAGAAUGUUCUCUUCUAGGAAAGUAUCUAGCAGGUAGCACUUAAUCUCUGUGUGCUGUGGAGAUGGUAACCCUGACUGCUUUGCUGACAGUAUGUAUGUGGAUAAAAACCCAAACUGCCUUAGGACAGCAAACAUGUCCCCCUGCUCCUCAAAGGCUGGUUGAUUUCACUGUAAAAUAUCCCCUCCCCUUCUUUCAAACGGACAAUCCAAUACAGAACAUUGUGGUAAAUCACAAAGAACCUUCACCACAGAUUGUAACAGAGGUGUAUGUUGGAUGCCAGAAUGCAAUAGUGGCAGUCAAUGACUCCAUGAAUAAAAUAUGGGAGUUGAAAACUGGACCUCUUGGCAGCCCUGACUGUGACACCUGUCACUUGUGUGAUAUGGAAACUGAUCCCGAGGACACAGUGGACACUGACAAUGAAGUUUUGCUUCUGGAUCCUGCUGGAUUUUACUUGCCAUACUUGUACUUUUGUGGGAGUACACAGCAUGGGAUCUGUUACUUUAUCGACACCAGCUUCCCACAGCCUGAGCCUAAGUGUUUAUACAGAAAAGAGGGAACCUCUCCAGUAAAAUGUCCCGACUGUCUGGCCAGCCCUCUUGGCACCAAAGUCACCAUCGUAGAACAGGGAAGGACAUCGUUAUUCUUCGUUGCGUCAUCUGUCAAUGACAAAGUGGUACAAAGUUAUCCAAGGAGGUCUAUAUCGGUGGUUAGGCCACUUUCCACUGAAGAUGGCUUUCUUAUGGUCAUGAAUGGACUGACAGUGCUUCCCGGCCUACGUGAGUCCUACAGCAUUGACUACUUGUACAGUUUUUCCACCAAGGAGUAUGUCUACUUCCUGUCCCUGCAAAGGGAAAAUCCUUCCAAGAGUAAUUCUCCCUUUCAGACCCAUCUGGGACGUCUGCCUAUUUUAACUCCGGAAGUGUGGAUGUACAGAGAGCUGGUGCUGGAGUGCCGGUAUGAGCCUAAACGGAGGAAGAAACGGAGAGAGAUUUUCAGGGAUGUUGUGUACAACGGGCUGCAGGCGGCCCAUCUGUGGCGAGCGGGGAAGGACUUGUCUGAAGAGCUUAGGGUGGACGAGAAAGAAGAUAUUCUGUAUGGGGUUUUUGCUGAAGUCAAUGUGAAAGGUGAAGCUCAAAAAAACUCAGCCCUGUGUGCCUUCCCUUUGAGUAAAGUCAACCACGCCAUUGAGAUAGGCGUGGAUGCCUGCUGCAAGUCAGGUUCGGAGCAGCUGUCCAGAGGCCUCUGCCACUUCCAGCCAUGUGAGAGCUGCCCACACGAAAGCUCUGAGGGGAAUCACACAUGCAGUGAUAAACCCACCCUGGUCUCAAAGCCACACUACAGAUUAGACCUAUUCAACAGCCAGAUGAGAGAUGUCCUGUUCACGUCUGUCCUGAUCAGCACUAUUGGGAAUCAAACACUUGGUCAUUUUGGCACCUCGGAUGGCCGGAUACUGCAGGUGAUUCUCACACUUUACAGGCCUAUUGUUUUUGCCAACUAUUCACUGGGAGAAAUAGGAAUUUCCAGGGCAGCAGCAGUGCUCUCAGAGGAUUCCCUUCUCUUUGUGGCUGGAAAUAAGAUGUACAGGGUACCCUCUACAGGACCGGGAUGUGCACAUUUUUUGACGUGCUCCAUGUGUUUGACAGCUCCACGCUUCAUGAACUGUGGCUGGUGUUCAGGAAGCUGUUCCAGGAAGCAUGAAUGUGCCUCACAGUGGAACAAAGAAUCUUGCGCACCUGUCAUAACAGAGUUUUUCCCAAAAAUGGUACCUGCUGGUGGGGAGACAGAGGUAACACUGUGUGGUUCAGAGUUUCAGUCCCCUCUGCGACCGGCUAUCAUAAAUGGCAAAACACACAUUAUCACAGCCGGUUCUGUGACCCAAUGUACCAUUCUGCCUGAGAAGAGCAACAGUAAAAGGCUAGUGUGCAAAAUAAGUGAGGAAGUACCAAACCAGGACCUCAACAUCACUCUGAAAGUGCAUGAGGGAGAGGUGGAGGGCCGCUACUCGAUUGAAGGCACAGCGCAGAUGCCUGGCCUCGCUUUUGUGGAGCCCAGCAUCACAGAGAUCAAACCUGAUUUUGGACCCAUGUUUGGGGGAACAGCAGUUACACUGACAGGCAGAUAUCUUAACUCUGGGGUACAAAGAGAUGUCCUAUUUGCAGACAAAAAGUGUAUCAUUCAAAGUGUUUUUGAGAAACCAGGGAUGUCCUCUUCCAUCAUCUGCCACACAGCAGCUGCAGAAAGUGUUGGGAAAGUGCCUGUGGAAGUCAUAAUUGAUAGCCUAAAAGUGACUGCCAUGCAGAAGUUCCACAAUAGGGAGAACCCUGUCAUAACCUCAGUGUACCCCCAUUGCAGUUUCCAGAGAAGCUCCAGGCUGGUGAUAAAAGGUCAGAAUCUUGACUCAGCCCACAAAAUUGUGCUUCAGUACAGUCCAGGAAUUACCAUUAUGCAGUAUCUUCAACAAGUCUGCAAUGGCACAAGAAAUUCCACACAUAUUGAGUGCUGGACUCCGGCUUUCCCAAAGGAAAUGAGAGAGGAAAAGUUUAACAAAGGACAGAUGUCUAUUCACAUUGAUGGAAAAAGAGACCUCUGGAAGAAAAAUUUUGACUACCACCCAGAUGCCAAAGUCAUCCCCUUUGAAAAUGAGGACAAUGUUUUGCAUCUGAAACCAGAGGAAACUGAAGUAUCACUGCAUCAUAACAAUCUGAACCCAGUCAACACAUGUAUGAAGAUCACAAUGACCAUUGGUAAUAAUGCGUGCAAGGCUCAGGUUCUGUCAAAUGAACUGACCUGCAGGAUUCCCAAAAGCUUGGUUAUACCCAGUGAGGGGUUGCCUGUCAAGGUGACUAUAAAUGGAGAAGUUUAUGACGUGGGCACCGUAGUCUCUGCCAACAACGACAACUCAACAGUGAUUGCGGGCAUUGUUCUUGGCAUCCUUGCUGCACUGGUAGUAGGUGCUGGCCUCGCAUUAUUCGUGAUGGUUCAUUUAAGGAAGAAAAAGAGAGCAAACAUAGAGAUCCGUUUAUCCACCAUGUUGUCCCGUGGUCGCAUGAGCAGUCGUCUUGAAUCUCCAACAGAUCUGUCCAGUCAGACAUCAGGUUCCGGAGGAAUGGCCUUCCAUGGCUUAGCCUAUGCUACUAGCUAUGAUCAUCUGGCUGUUCCUUUAAUGCCACGGGACAACAUUUCAAUCGUUAGCUUGAGCUGUGAUCUGCUUGAUGAAGUCAAAGAUGUGCUAAUCCCUACAGACAUGCUCAGGAUUGAGGAUAGCAAGGUUAUUGGAAAAGGCCACUUUGGGACGGUAUAUCAUGGAUACCUUAUCGAUAGCAAUAAGCAAGAAACCCAUUGUGCUGUUAAGUCAUUGAACAGGAUCACUGAUUUGGGUGAAGUGGACCAGUUCCUUAGAGAGGGCAUUAUCAUGAAAGGCUUCCACCACCCAAACAUACUGUCUCUGCUGGGCAUCAUGCUGCCCAAAGAAGGGCUCCCUCUGGUGGUCCUGCCUUACAUGAAGCAUGGAGACGUGCGACAUUUCAUCCGCUCAGAGCAAAGGAACCCAACAGUGAAAGACCUGAUUGGGUUUGGACUUCAGGUUGCCAUGGGCAUGGAGUACUUAGCCCAGAAGAAAUUUGUUCAUAGAGACCUGGCUGCACGCAACUGCAUGUUAGAUGAAACCUUCACUGUAAAGGUGGCAGACUUUGGCAUGGCGAGAGACGUGUAUGACAAGGAGUACUACAGCAUUCAAAAUCACAGAAAAGCGAAGCUCCCAGUGAAGUGGAUGGCCAUCGAAAGCCUGCAAACACAGAAGUUCACAACCAAAUCUGAUGUGUGGUCAUAUGGCAUCUUAAUGUGGGAACUCUUGACCAGAGGUGCAAGCCCAUAUCCAGAUGUUGACCCCUAUGACAUCACACACUACUUGUUGAAGGGCCGUCGACUCCCCCAGCCACAGUAUUGCCCAGAUACUCUCUAUUCAAUCAUGCUGGCAUGUUGGGACCCAGAACCUGAUUGCAGACCGAGCUUCCACGGCUUGGUAACAGAAGUAGAUCACAUUCUGUCCUGUCUGGAAGGAGAGCAUUAUAUCAAUUUGAAAGUUACCUACGUCAACUUAGAUCAGCCAAGACCAUACCCACCGACUUUAUCCGCAGAUGAUGCUGAGGCCUCAGACAUGGACUCGGACAGGUAGCUGUUGGUCAAGGUGGCGUUUGACCCCUUGAUAUCAUUGCUGCAUUUGGAUUGGAGCUGGAAAGAGUACACAAAGACAACUUUCCUUUUCAGUUAAAUAUCUGACAAUGUCUACAGGCCCGAGCACCUGGACAUGUGAAAAGAUUUGACUACUGAUGUAAACAAUAAUGUGGACACUCAAAGCUUUAAUUGAAGACCAAAUUGUGUUUUCAGUUUCUCAUGUUGGUUUAUAUAUUUGUAGCAAAACUCAGACAUUCAGAAAAGGCUUGCGCUCAGUUUUGUGAAAAAAGCUGAAUAAGUUGUGACGGUACGUACAGUGGCAUACAUUUCCAGGAUUUUAUACUGUUAAAUUGACAAGGUGCGCAGAGUUAGAAAAAUAUAUAUUUAUUUUUUCUUACUUUUUUUCUUAUACAGGGGCAUUGAUGUAAAAUAUUUAAUUUCAUACUUCGUUUAACAAUAAUACUCAACAUCACGAUGCUUUAAAACAAAUGCAAAGCUUUUUGUUCUGUUGUGAAACUAAUCGAGUACCAAUUAUUGUCACAAGAGGGCACCCGAGGUCUCACUCUGAGGAGUGCUGAAGUCUCUGCUGCAGUGAUGCUCUGCAGCACGGUAAAAAAGCAGAUAUCUCCACACAAAGGUGCUGGAGCUCAAACAUACAGAGUCCCACUGUAACAGUUGUGGUAGCUCAGCUAAGAUAUAUUUGAAAAGAUCAUUUCCUGCUUGCUCUUACAUUGAUCUCUACACAGCAAAUUACAAGUCUAAGCUCAUUUAUGUUGUAAGCACUGAUUCCACUUCUGCAGUUGCACUAAAAGAUAAUGUAACCAAAAAAAGCAAACAGACUAUGAGGGACCGCUGUUGCUUUGUGUUGACAUACUUGAUUUUGACACGGACCUGAUCUUGUUUCUUUGAACCAUUUUGCACAGUGUUUUUUUCCAUUUGAACGUGUGAUUACUUCUGCUUAUUUCUAUAGUUUUCUCGCAAAAGAAAUGUUGCUGUGUUGGUAUUGUUUUGAAUAAAUAUCGACAAAAUUGUUCUUCCUAACAUGUUCCAUCUGUUCUGCCGGGCUGCUAAUCUCAGCUAAAGAUGAAAGUGGAGCUGAAUGUGCACUGACACAGGUAGAUGAGAGGAAGCACGCUCACUAACAGGUCUAAAUUAUGGAAACUCAU